UCUUAUUAAAAAACAUUGUCCUUAAUUUUUUAAUAUUUCCAUCAAUAUGGGAAAGAGUAAAAAGCGCAGCAGAGAACGAGAUGACAACGAAAUCAUCGAGAAAAGAAUUUUCAGGUUAGAACGCGUGCUUGGAGAUUUCAUUAAGACAACACAAAAACAUUUUGAAAAAACUGGUGGUGGUCAGACAACCUCAACAUCUAAAGAAAACAUACCUCCAAAUAACCAUGAGAAAACCGAUACUGCUGAAUCGGCAAAAGAAUCUGAACAAGUUACUAAUACAGAAACUGAUUCCCCGGAAGAGGCUGUCGAGACGGAGGCUCCAUCAGACCCGACAUUAACGUCAUCAGCUGAGACUGAUCUCAGCAAAGAGAAAGUUUUAGAUGAAGACGUUGAAACAGUUCUAGAUGCGGACCCAACUGCAGGGAAUAAAAAAGAUCUGGAUUUGCAUCCGAGUCUAGUAGCUAGAUGGCCUACCUGGCUAUCCGAAGGUCUUCCAAAAGAAAGCAAAGAGUCAGUACUAGACAAAUAUUCUCGUAAAGGGAAUAUUAAUUUAGAAGCUCCAGAGCUAAACGAAGAAGUACUGGUCACAUUAAAUGAAUCUGGAGUAAAAAGAGAUAAGCUUUUUACAGCAGAACAAAACUUAGUAGGUUCUGCAAUGUCGGCUGUAGGAGAUUCUAUUUCCCUGAUCUUAAAAGACGACGAAGAGCCAGUAGAUCGUCUUGUACUCUUAGAAAGACUCGCAGACACAGGAAAAUUGCUUGCUCAAUUACAUUUUCAAAUAUCAUCCGCCAGAAAAUCGUUUAUCUCGCAGGUUCUUUCAAAGCCAAUGAAAGAACUGCUUCAAAAAACGAAGCCAGGUGUGUUUCUUUAUGGCGAAAAAUUGACAGAAAAAAUCAAGGCGGUUAAGUCUAUCGAGAAGAUCGGGAAGGAAAUGAAGAACACUCCUCCUACGUCCACGACUACUCUAUUCAAUAAAUUUACAAAAACAAACCAAAAGCCUGUCACCUCGCGAUCUUUAAACUCGAAGAGCCUACGUGCAAAUCAGGGGAAUUCGUAUGUGGGCCCAAGAACUUCACACCAGAAGUUCUCCAAGUCGAAUCUCCAGAGCAGCAGAUCAGCAUACAGCAAUACAUCCAACCAGACCAAGACCAACCGAACAACUUAUCAAGACAGGAAGAAAUAGAGGUAAGAACAAUAGCAGGUCGUCUUAGUAAUUUUCUCCAUGAAUGGGAAAAAAUAACUACCGACAAAUUUAUUUUAAGUUGUGUUGAAGGUUAUGAAAUAUCUUUUGCUAUUCAACCUCCUCAGGCAUUAAGCUGGACCAGGGAAAUAAAUUUUUCUGUCUCAGAAAAAAUGUCAAUUCAGAUUGAAAUUGAUAAAUUAAUAGCAAUGGGUGCUAUUGUUGCUUGUGAGCCAGUAGAGGGCCAAUUUUUAUCCCCUUUUUUCCUA